AUCGAAAAGAAUUGUCGAAGAAAGUUUUCAAAUCACGAAUAUAUGACGUUCAAGGGACAACCUUUUGCAGCCCUCACGCAUAGUAGCAAUUAUCGAGGUUCAUAGCUGCAAAAAAGCUUCCUUUGCCACCGUUUUUCGUAACAUUAUUUUGCAAUACCUCAAUAAAAUAUCGAAAGCACGCCGUGCGUUUUUCUUUUCAUUUCAUUCGCAGGCCUGUAGUGACGAUAUCGAUAUCAAAGAUAUACCAUGUUGUCCUCCGUGCUUCUGCGACGUUCCUGCAGCACGCAGACGCAGUCUCUUCGGAGAAGGAGUGCAAAAGCGACCUCCUGCGGCAGCCCGCUUUUCCUCUCAGUGAACAGAAAAGCUUUCGCAGGAGCCGCGACGCCGUCACUCUCAACGACCCACGUUCCUGGAGCAAGCGUAGGAGGUGCGAGCGAGUCUUCGUCCUCGGCGAAGAUAAAUCAAAAGCCGCCGCAGCCUGCUCCCACGGCCGCAUUGUCUACUAGCGCUUUUCAUCCAGCAUCGAAGUCCACUAGUACCGCUUCCUCGACCACGAGUAGUCCCUCCUCCUCGUCCAGCAGUAGCAGUAGCAGUCACAAUCCAGUGCAGUCAACUACAUUUUCUGCGACAUCGUCAACAUCAGCUGAAAAUAAAGAUGAACAGCAACAGAAGAUGAUAUCAAGUGUAAAAAUGUCUGGGUCUGGAAGAAUGCGCGAUUUGUCAUGCAGAUUUUCCAUGACCCAUGAAAUCUGGAAUGCAGGGCCUAGCAUGACAGAUUCUGUGCGAUCUCUCUCAUGCCUAUCCUGCAUGAGAAACUCCCGCCCGACUUGGUCAAAACUGGACGACUUUUGGUAAUCAUGCAACACAGAUUUUUACAUGCUUCAGAUUUAGCAUGACAAGUUGUAUUCUUCCAGACCCAGACACUUUUACAUUUGAUAGAUGAACCACGACUACGAUUUCUGGUUUUUCGUCUCUAAGGGGUUCUAUCAAAAUGAAAAAUCCCCCCGUGCCAUAUUGAAAAGCUAUGCUUCCGGAAGUUUGUGUUGCUGAUUUGAGGUCACAAAUCAUAUGUGUCUUGCAAGACGACAAGGGCAGAAGCGGCCGGCCCACUAUGGAAGCGGCUUGUCAUGCUGUCGGGCUUAAAGGGGAGCCGUUUCCUAUGCUGAACAAAUAGACCAAUACGCCCCUAUGUAGCCUGGGGAUCUGGCCGCAAUGCCUUCCUGCAAUACACGGCUUAUUUGUGUACACAGAUCCAGCAUCAGAAAUUUCGUUUUGAUAUGGGGAGGGGGGAUUUUUCCUUGCAAUAGGUUCGGCUGCGUUUUCACGGGCAUCCUAUUCUAUUACCUCUACCAGGCAAACUGGUCAAUUAAGCAGGCCGAAAUUCGGUUUAUCACGUGGUUCCGGACUUUACCACUGUAUCCGCCACCGACCGCAAAGACGGCGAUCCGGAACAGCGUCAUUGACGAGGAAAUCGGGAAAGAAUUCAAAACGGAAAAGACGUUUUUCCUCCUGCAAAACUGGUUUCUGAAGAAGGACGCAGAAUUGGCAAGAGGUAUUUAUAAUUGUCUUAUAUUGAAUUAUUGAAUUUGUGAAUAUGCGAAGUCCAAUAUUCGGGUUCGUCUUUGUUUCCACCAGCGCAUGAUUGGCAUGAUUCACUAUUGUCAUAUGGAGUUCCUAUGCGUUUUUGUGGAAUCUGCUUUUUGUUUUUCCUUGAGUUCCAGCAUUCAAUCAUUUAAAAUAAAAUCAAAAUAUCAAAAACAAAAAAAGGCGUGACCCGCGACGACGUGCUAAUUUUCGUGGAGGAUCAAGCCAAACUUUGCCGCGAGGGCGACAGCAUUUGCCGGAAGUUUCUGCGGCAGAACGGCGACGGGGAGAAAUCCGACGAGAAGUGCCGGCUGAUUGGUGUCGGUUUAGAGGAGUUUCUGCACUUCAUCAGCCGUAUUUUGAGUGUCAACGAAAAAUCCGCGAACCUCGACCGGAAAGUUGCGGAGGAGGCAGUUGCCGCGGUGUUAAUCGCAGCGGAUCCGAGCCUUGGCAGGAUGGGCAACUUCGCCAGAAGCAGAGCCGGACCGGGUGGGAACAGCACUGCAGGUUCGUUUUCUUCGACGGCGUUUAUGACAGGUAGCGGAGCAGGAAGUUUGUCACCAUCGGCUGCUGGUAAGCCCGAACCGGAACCGGAGCUGCACGAGAUUCUGAUGUACGAGAAAGCGAGACUGGAGGAAAUUUUGGACGGGCUGCAGAGCUCCUCGCAACUGUCGUCCGCACAGCGAAGAACGCGGGCGAAUGCCGCGGCAGAAUUGGAAAAAGUAGAAAAAGAUUUGGCGAAACUUCUUGCUGAGGGAAAGACGACAUGAUUGACAGCUACUUACAGAAGUACCACGAGGACGCGUCUUUAGUUUUUUCUGUGACUUCAACUCACUUCUGCAGCCUCGACGUAGACAUCACAAAAAAAAUGUUUUUCGUGACUCCAUGCGUUUUUCUUUUUUCGUGUUCGGACAAGCGUUGUUGAGGCGUGACUCAACGCACUGGCUAUGCGACGAAAAGUCCGAGUGCCAGGAGCAGGACAGAGAUGAUGAUGAGUGCAUGACUACCGCCUGCUUCCGAGUGUUGCGUGUGGGAUUCGAGAGCGGGCGAGGAGUGGUUGAUGCAGGUAGUAGUACGCGUGAACUGAAAAAGGCCAUAUAAUCAGGACGAUGCGUCCUCUACUGGUAUUGCGAUUGCG